AUCUGUGACCAAAAGAAUAAUCCUCGGCGGAUGCCGGAAAUGGACGGGUGACUACAGCAAACUUGCCUCUCCUAGAGCAAAUAGUAUUUUCCUUUCUUCUCUUUUAUUUGGUUUGCACAAAACCUGGAAACUGCUUUUCUGGUUUUAAUUUGUUUUUUUAGCCGUGCCGAAUUACAAGUCGCAAUGACCUUAUUUAAGAAAGUAGCCAGUUUCUACAGAUUUGCAAACAUUUCGUCGUCCCUAGUAUUAUCACGCAGUUUAACAACCUCGACUCCAUUAUUGUUCCAAUUUACACCUUGCCUACUAGCAGAACCAUUAAAAAAGAAAAAGCGUAUAGAUCCGGCGAUUCUUAAGGCUAGGGAAGAAAGGAGAAAGAAGAAACUGGAAAGACAAAUUAGGAGAUUAGAGAAAAACACGAAGCAAUAUAAACCUAUCGACGAAUGCGAAGUUCCAUUAGCUCUAUUAGAUGAGAAGACAAAGAGGCAGAGGGAAAUAACUUUAUCACCAGAAAUUUUAGACAAACGUGUUUUAUUAGAACAAAAGUGGUGUAGUUACAAACGUGAACAGCAUUUGUCUGAUUUAAAAAUAUUGGAUAGACUAUUGUUUGCCCAGCAAUAUGCACUUGAUGAACUAAGAAAAGAAUCUGAAACCUUGUACCAACAAGCAAUUCAGAUUGACUCUUUUUUAAUUCCAUAUAAAAGCAAUGGCCCUACUGACACACCACCCAUAGAAAAUUAUGAUCAGCCUGAUGGUGAAUAUCAAGAUAUUUCUAAGAAGUGGGAGUGACAGUAUUGUAACUUGAAUUUCACUCUAGAUAAAUACCUAGUGUAGCAACUGUUAAAUCCGGGAGCAUAAUUAAAUACAAAACCCAACUUAAACAAUUUACUAUUCAAAUGAAGCCAUCUUUUCGUCUUCGACCACCAUCCUCUUGUUACUUUAAUUUGGUACCCUGUCUCUCACUCGCUAGAAUGAGGCGUUCUGGUCGACGGCUAAUUCGUCUAUGGGCAGAUAGAUGGUGGGGAUGGUGGUUUCAAGGCAGGCAUGGACAAGGAACCAGAACGAUUUGCAGGUGUGGCUUCCUGGAUGGUCCACGUUUUCAUAAUGGUACUGCUGGUUGUACUCCUCUGGUCCACAAUAAGGGUUAUUGGGGAACAAUUAACCAAUACUUUGUCUGAAAGUUUGUACAAAGGUGAGGGACAUCUGUGCAAGUCAGUGUAUUUCUUCUGGAUGUCCUGCUGCUUUUCAUUGGUGCCGCAAGCUUCUUUUAAUGUAAUGGCCACCUUCUUAUCUAGAUAUGGUGUAAUUUGUGGAAUAAAAUUCUCAGUCUGAACCUAUCAAUAGGAAAUUGUUGUUGAUUUCGUCUGGGCUUCGUAAUUUUCGAGUGAAAGUAAUGUAGGAAGGUGUAAAACCUGUUGUUUCACAUUUGGUGGAAUUAAUUGCAAAUCGUAUUGCUGCUAAUUUUUCCGACCAGGUAGUAUAAUCAUCUCCUACUAACAUUGCUAAGCGUGGUUUUCAAUCUCGAUUUUUCGUUCUACCAAGUUCACUUGAGGAUGGAACAAUGGCGUCAAAUUUUGUUUAAUUUUUAUGCAGUGGCAUACUUAUGGCAUAACAUGGGAUACAAACUGUACACUCUUGUCUGAAAUUGUUCUUAGAGGGAAACCGUACCUCAGAAAGAUCUCAUCUAUCAGUAUUUUGGCACAUUCUUUAGAUGUUGCUUUCACUAAUGUAGUCUUUGAUGAUGAAUAUCCAUUGUUGGCUAUUUUCAUGAGAUGGCAGAGGUCCAAAAAGGUAGUUGGCUAGUACUUCAAAUCUUUGCGCAUAAAUUGGCGUUUGUAUCAAAGCAGUUGGCUUUUGAUUACUAGCUUUAUAUUGUUGACAUUCUGGGCAAUUCUUCACAUAUUCUCGUAUUUUUGCAUUUCUGUAAAGUAGUAAAAUAUUGCUAUCUUCUCUAAAGUUCGUUCAGCGCCAUAAUGAGCUGCUGUAGGAGCAUCAUGGUGUUCUUUUAGGAUUCUAACUCUUUCGUGGGACGGGGACGACGAGCUGUGCUUGUUCGGGAUCUCCGAAUUCACUGUAUAGCACACCUUGGGUUGUAAUGUAACCUCGUACAGUCCAAAGAGCAUAAUCGCGUCACUGUUUAUGUCUUCAAAACAUUCGAUAAUUUUAUUUAGAGCUGGAUCUUUCAGUUGUUCUGUCCGUCAGUCAGCUGGUGUUCUUCGUGGAAGGUCUACAGUAACUAGACAAACUUCACAAGUGGUGCUAGCUUCAUGCGUUGUACAAUGCGGUCUUGAUAGCAUAUCUGUUAAAACAUUUUGGAUAUUCUGGACCAUCAAGGCCCAACGCGCUGGUCGGCCUGUUGGUGUGGUGUCUUCAAGUUCAGAAGCCACUUAAAUGGUUGACGAUCAGUUCUCACGAUAACUGAAGAAUGGUUGAGAUAGCCUCUAAAUUACUUAAGACUCCAUACAACAAUGUUCACAUGGUUCUGUGGUUGUGUAAUUUUUCUCUGCUGAGAUCAGUAUUCUACUUGCAUACUCCACAGGACGUUUUUGGCCUUCGGCUUGGAGAAGUACUGCCUCCAGUGCAUAAGGAGAUGCAUCCGUUCGUAGCUUGUACGGUUUACUGCCAUCAUUUUGUUGCAAGACUGGGGCAGUUAUAAGAGCCGUUUUCAAUUUUUUAAACGAUUGUUGUUGUUCACUACCAACGCCUAUGUCAAUGAAACCUGUUCUGAAGGUAUCUGAUAUUCCAAUUUUGUCGUUGGUUGUAGUUUACGUUAGAUUUUCGGAUUUAAGUCUUCUAGAGGACAAAAUUCUACCAGCGCGGCAACAUUUGUGCACCUAAGGCAAUUGAAAGGAUAUAUUCUUGUUUUCCGCCAUUAUAUCAUGUAAGUGGUGUAUUUGUUGAUACACUGGUGUUGAACGCAUGUUUUUGUACUACUGAAUUAUCACUUAUUUUCGAAGGAGUGUCUUUUGCACCUCUGCAGCUUGCAGAAUUUGUUUUUUCAGAACGAUCGCCACUUGAAUGUUUCGAUGAUAGAAAUUUGCAACAUUCGUCUUUACUGUAUCCUGUAUAUUUGCAAAAUGUACAUUUCAGCCGUUUCAUACUGUCAUGGUUUACUCUGCUUUCAAUUUUAUCAAUAAAAGUUUUCUCCACAGCAGGACAUUCGGUUAAGGGUUCGCUGAAAGUUAUAAUUUUAUCGCGAUUAAUUUUUUCUCGUAUGCGUCUGUUCAAUAGACAAUUAACUAUGUCAAUUUGGAUUGCUUCAUUUAGCGUUCCCGAAGGCAGUUGCGCUAGAGUCGCACAACACUGGCAAAUAAAAAUAUCAGAGUUGGUUUUUGUGUCUUGUUUGCUUGCAAACAGAUAAAUUUUGUAGGGAGAUUUCUUGGUUGUCCUCAAAAGGUCUAUGGCGUCUUGCCACUCUUUUACAGAAUCCUUUACGUCUUACCACUAUGUUUCAGCAAAACCAUUGAGGAGCAUUGACACACCGCGAAACGCGUUUAUGUCUGACAUUUGAGAAAAUUCUUUGUAAGUUUCAACCGCGUCCAUAAAUGCACUAUCAUUGUCCUUAGAUCCGCGAAAAAACUGCUGUCCACACGACAGCACUUAUAAAAUGUUCAACGACGAGUUUUGGUUAGUUUGGUACGUUAUAUGCCUCAGUUGGAACCGCCAAUUUGUAGGAACUGUUAAGUCCGGGAGCCAUCUCGUCUUCGACCAGCAACCUCUUGUUACUUUAAUUUGUGGUUAUGGCUCACUCUAGCGGAACCGUACACAUAUACUUCAAUGAGGCGUUCUGGUCGAUGGUUAAUUCGUCCAUGCGCGGAUAGAUGGUAGUGAGGGUGUUCAUUUGUUACACUAGCUUAUUAUUUCGUUUGCUAUUUCGUAUAUAGGAUCGUUAUUUCCUAAAAUUAAUGCACAUAUGCUUGUAUAAAUUGUGCGAACAGGUGUAUGAAAACCAUCAUAAACCAUAGAUUAUUUUGUUUUUCACUACCUAACUGAAAAAUGUUAAAAGUCGGUGAGAGCAAAGCAGUAUUUUUAUAUACCUGAAUUUAAGGUAAUGUGCAGUAUUCAUUACUCUUAAAAUUAAAACUGUUUCCUUAGUAUUCUCAAGGUGACAUCACAUUUUGUCCAAGAGUGAAAAUGUCGACGAGCAUGAUGUCAUUAUAAUUGGGUACAAUUCUCCUAAUAUUUAAAUAAUGUCUAUUUUUUGUAAUUUGAAAAACGAAUGCAAAUUAAUCAAAAUUAAACUGGCUGAUUUAGCUGGAAAUAAAAGAUGAUAACGAGUUUGGACUUUCACCAUUGAGUUCGUCUCAAAAAAGCAAUACAUUUGAAAAUUAUAUAUAUAUUUUUUCAACAGACUCACUAUUGAGACUUCUCCCAGGUGAGGAUGGUGCUCGUUACUCGGCAUUUUUUUAAAAUGAUGACCUCUUAAUACUGACUGUCAAAUUACUGCAAGAUGGUGAAGCAGAAGAUUGCCGGGUUGUGGGUUAUUUGUACACUGUCUUGCGUGACAUGGUGCAAGUAUCUUGCAAUUAAAAUAUGUCUACCACCAUCAAACAGACAAAUUGAACGUAACCAACAUUGUCAACCUCAAAUAUUUCAGCAAAAGUUGCACAUUUGUCCCCAGGUAAGUUUCUUGCAAGCUUUAUCGCAGCAUUUGAAACGGCCUUUACUACGGAGGGAUAAAAGCAGUGCCGGCUCUAGGAUUUUUGGGCCCCGAUGUAGAACAAUAAUUGAAGUCCCUCAAAUAAGCAUUGGAAAAAAAUGAUUUUAUAAUUUUUAUUGAUUUUUUGUACAAAAAGAUACAUUAUUAUUACAAACGACAAAAUGAAAUAAAAUUUGUUUAUAUCUUACUAAUUUUAAUAGAUGUCCGAAUAAUUGACAAAAAUUGCUCAUGAAUUUGGUAUCACAUAUUUUGCUUCUUUAUUCCUUCUGCGACGGUUUUUUAUAAAUCAAAUUUGCUGACGUUUCGCCAAUCAUCCUAUUAGCUUUCUCGGAGCAUAACUGAAACUGGCCCACUUUCUACUCUGUCCCUGCUUAUAUAUUGUUUGAGGGGACGAAGCUAAAAGAGGGGCAUAAAUAUUGAAUUGAAUUGAAUUGAGACGUGGUUAAGAUUGUUUGCUUGCGUGUAAACUUCUAUGGAUUCUCGGAUUUUUCUUUGGUAGAAGAAUUAAUUACAUGCAGAAAUUUUAGUUUUUCCAUGGUCGUGUUCGGUAACUGCUGGUGAGUUUUUUUGUCGUAGCCUUAAGGCUCUUUUAUGUUUUUUGAGCCUAGUUGGUAUUUUUCGUCCUGUUUCCAAUGUAUUCUUUCCCACGUAGACUACUGAUAUUUCAAAAGGAAUUUUGUCUUUGAAAGAUCGAAUAUGUUGAUAGAUUUUUGGACAAAAACUUUGAUGUGGUCACAUUGUCUUUGCAAGGUUGUGGUGAAUUGUAUUACGGAAAUUAUUAGAGAGAAGAGCAGAUGUAAGGUGUUUUAAAUCUCGCUCCAAUGACUCGGAUUGAUAGAGUUUCACAGCUCUGUAAACAACAGAGUUAAUAAUGAUGAUGAUUUUUGGGCCGGAUGGUGAUGUGACCAUGCAUUAAAGUAUCGGUCUAGGUGCGUAGGUUUUCUGUAAACACAAUGACCCAGUGUUAGGUCUGAUUUCUUAUUGAUAACAAUAUGAAAGAAUGGGAGGAUAUUAUUAGUCUUCAACUCAAUGGUAAAACGUAUGUUAGAGUGUAUAGAGUUUAAAUGGCUUAGAAAAUUUCGUUGGGUUCUUGACCAUGAGGAUAAAUAACAAAAGUAUCAUUAACAUAGCGUUUCCAUAUUAUUGAUUUUAAAUGGAAGGUGUCGAGGGCUUUCUUCUUAAAGGCUUCCAUGAAUAUAUUCGCGAUGCCUAGUGAUAAUGGACAAUCCGUAACUGUUCCCUAUGUUUGGUUAUAAAUUUGACCUUAACAAGAAAAAUCUGUUCCAGAGAAGCAUCUUUCAAUUAAGAUGAGAAGGUUUGGUUUCAGAUGCUCAGAUUUUGAUAUAUCUGACUUUAGUAAAGAGAGAUUUUGCGUUGCAACUAACUAGAAUAUCGUUUGGAUCUAAUGUAAUACAUUUUGAUAGUUCAAUGAAAUGAAAAGAAUUUGAAAUAAAUUAUUUUUGCAAUUUUUAUCAUCAAACGUGCAAUACUAAGGUAAUGCAUAUUUUAUUACGACAAAUAAAUAUAGGUUCAAACUGUCUCUCGUCAAUUUCCACACAUUGUUCCAUUCUUUGUUCGGUAGAGAAAACUGGCGCUAGUAGUUGAUGCAUUAUAUUUCGAAUGGUAUUUUGUAUGCCUGUCCUUGUUGUUGGUUAGUUUGGUACCACUGAAAAGUCAGCAGACCUGUUUAAAAUCUCUCUUUGCGUCCAAUAUUUACUCGGUCCUGUGUAAUACUUCUCAAGUAUUUUCGUAGCCUGCAAACAAUUUCAUUCUUUUCCCAAGCAAAAUCUCGAUUUCUUAAAGGGACUCAUUUUAUUUAUAAGUGUCAUCUUGUCUAAUGGGAGACCCAUUUAUUUUUUAAGAGAGUGAACUUUCUUUCGAAUUACAAUUUUGGUCUCUUCAUCGACGCCUUUUAUUGGUCUGAAUAUUUGGAAUCAUGCUAUAGAUAUACUAUUUCUUGUUAUGCUUGAGGAUCAGUGGUUAAUUAGUGCUGAAAUAUUUCUGUUUCUUGUUCACAUCUCACUACUUCACUAAAGCUUGAUUGUUCUCUUGCUGGUUGGAGCGUCAUUAAAACUCAGUAUAAAUUAAUAUCAGAGAACACUUUGAGAGAAAGUGUGAAUCUUGUACUUGAAGUGAAAAAUAAUUAUAAAAGGCUUGGAAUAAUGUAAAACUAUUAAUUAUACCAUUGCAUGAUAGUAAUAGCAUAGAUUCAAACAAUUCUAACCACUAUUUUUAUGUAAUAUUUGUCUAUUAUUUAUAUAAU